CCUAGGAGGAGUCUGCGCGGCGCGCGCGCCCAAGCCGCGCCCUCCGGGCGGCUUCCUGGCUGUCAAACCGCGGCGGGAGCGAGGGGCGCAGGGUGUGCAGUCCCUUCCUCAGUUUACCCCGCCAGCGGAAAAAGGAAAAAAGGAUUGUUAAAGCCUCCGGAUGUGCUGCGGCCCGAGGAUCCGGCUUCGCGGAGGUGCCGCAGGAUUAUCUUCUGGUUUUACAUCGCACCAGGGCUCUCCUGGAAUUGCUUUCUAAGUCUCAUCUUGACUGCCACUGCCGCACUGCAUGUCCAGGCCUCUGGGGCUCUGAAUCUGCACUUCUCAAGUCGGCAUUACCCACAGUACAGCUGUCGGCGUCAGGACUGAAGGCCGGCCACGGUGCCUGGCCCAGGAGUAGGAGAGGUGAUGAACUGCUGAGGUGCUGGGAGAGGUGCAGAGGGGGCACCCCCCAUGCUGCCCUGCUUCCAGCUGCUGCGCAUAGGGGGCGGCAGGGGCGGUGAUCUCUACACCUUCCACCCCCCGUCCAGGUCAGGCUGCACCUAUCGGCUGGGCUGCAGGGCUGACCUGUGUGAUGUGGCCCUGCGGCCCCAGCAGGAGCCGGGCCUCAUCUCUGGGGUCCAUGCAGAGCUGCAUGCUGAGCUCCAAGGAGACGACUGGAGGGUCAGCCUGGAGGACCACAGCAGCCAAGGGACUUUGGUCAAUAAUGUCCGACUCCCAAGAGGCCACAGGCUGGAGUUGAGCGAUGGUGACCUUCUGACCUUUGGCCCUGAAGGGCAAGCAGGAACCAGCUCCUCGGAAUUCUACUUCAUGUUCCAACAAGUCCGGGUCAAACCUCAGGACUUUGCUGCCAUUACUGUCCCUCGGUCUCGGGGAGAAGCUGGGACUGGUUUCCAACCCAUGCUGCCCCCCCAAGGGGCUCCCCAUCGGCCACUCAGCACCCUGUCCUCUGCCCCCAAGGCCACACUGAUCCUCAACUCCAUCGGCAGCCUCAGCAAGCUGCAGCCGCAGCCCCUCACCUUCUCCCGGGGUGGUGGCAGACCACAGAGCCUGGCUGUUCCCACCCAGCCUGCAGAAGUGGGGGCUUCGCCCGCUCCACCCACAAGAAACCGGAGGAAAUCGGCUCAUAGAGUGUUGGCAGAACUAGAUGAUGAGAGCGAGGCUUCCCUGGGCCCUCUCUCAGUCCUUAUGGAGCCCAGGAAGAAGCUCCGUGUGGAGAAGGCCGCUCUGGUGUCCAGUGGGAGGGAAUGACCACAGGGGAAAGUGCCUUGCUAUAGACUGACUCAAGGCUGGAGAACCCUCAUGAUCGUUGAGGUGGCAAAAAAAGAUGGUUCCUGCCAAAGAUGUGGCUGCCUGCCGCCAAAUUACCAGUGAGCUGGGAUGCCCAGUAACCAGGAAUAAAGCCUUGUUCCCAUGGACACCGGAGUAUUCGCAGUUAGAGCAACCAUCACAGAAACCGCCCCAGACUGCCUUAUGCCAUGGCUACUGCUGCCGCUGACUGAGUCUCCGUGACUGGCUUUUCAGAGCUUUGCCUUUAUAUCAAAAUAAAGAAUAAAAUGCUUCAUCCA